AUGGAAGCAUCACCCAGCAAGAGGCGUGUCUUGGGCUCCCUGGACCCCAACGCGUCAUCCCCCAGGCCUCAACUGGGACUCAAGCAACUGAAGUCCCCACACCACAACGCGCCCGGAUCUCCCCUCAAGCGGCCUGCGGAACCCUCGCCUGGGCCGCAACCCAAGAAGAUACAACUCACGAUGGAAGCAAGAACCGAGCUUCAAUCGGGCAAAAAGGCCGGCAUCGAAGAGAAGGCCCAGCAUCUGCAUGAAAUGCCGGCGAACGCCGAACAACCAGACACGGAUCCCUCCCAGCAGUCCCCCAGACCAUCUGAUAGGCAUCGAUCCGCGUCGCCGGCAGCGUCUUCACUCUUCGACUCUUCCGGGCUUGACAACACCCAAGCAACCGCGAUGACCGAUCCCGACGUCGACACCGCGAUUCCCGCAAUCACUCCCGCAGUAGCAGCACUCGCUGCCCUUGCUCGACCGCCGACACGUCCACGACUGACGCGCGAGGAGGCCAAAGAGAAAGCCGAGAUCCUCCGUCUGCGGCUCGGCCUCGCCAACUACAAGCUGCGCACCGGUCAGACAGACGUACCGCUGGAGCAGCUGCAGGUGCGGCCUCUGCCUGGCAUGACGCCAAGGGCCGUGCAUACCACCUCCGCCGCCUCUGCUGCCGCGGACCGGCCCGCCAGGAGGCCCCUACCUGGCGCUCCUGUUAGGAGGAGAAGCGAGGAGGGGCUCGGCGCGGGCUCGUCCCAGUCGUCCCAGUCGAGCAGCCAGGGCAGCUCCAAGGGGGAGGAGGAUGAGGAAGUGGAGGGCCCGGGUGGGUCACGACGCCGGGUGCCGUCGCCCGAGGAGCGGCCCAGCCUGCCGCGCCUGCCGGCCCAGUCGGCGGUAAAAACGCCGAGGGGGCGGCGGCACCUCGAGCUAGACGAGGGGGCGGACGCGGAGAGGCUGACCAGCAGCGCCCUGCGCGGCGGGGCGGCCAAUGGGCUGCUGAGCCUGGCGAGAGGUUAG